AUGGAUCGGUCUGCGACACUCGAGUCCAACUUAUUAGGCGUACCUCAAGGACCGCCGCCGCUGCCGCCGCGCCGUCCGUUGACCGCGCGUCAGUCGGCCGGGUACUCGCGCGGGGUUCGCUUCGGCACGGCACGGCACGGCACGGCACGGCACGGCACGGCACGGCGCGGCGCGCUGGAAAGCGAGAAGGCGGCUUCGUUCGGAAAAGCGGCUUGCAGUCGCGGUCCACUGCGCGGUUUCCCCCGGAGCGUCGACGGCGGCGGCGGCGGUGGUGGCGUCGAGCGGUUUCUUCGCGGUGGUGUUUUCGGCUCGCGCGCGCGAGGAGAGCGAGAGCGUGGCCAGGGGGCGUGGCGAGGGCGGAGAGGCGGGGGAGCGGGGAGCAGACCACUUUCCCGCGAGCAGCGAAGGGCGACGCCGGGCGACGCGCUAGGCGCCGUCGUUGGAAGGCGCAGCUCCCCACGGUGCCGAGGCGCUGACAGUUCGAAAAAAAAAUUGAAGCUCUCUGAAUGGAAGAAAAUUGAAGUGUUCCCGGUAGCCAUAAAAGGCUGGAACAGUGUUGCUGAUAACACGUCAUCCGGCAUACGCCGCCUUAACCUUGGUUGA